UUUUCCUUUGCUUUCAAUAAAUCUUUCGUACUUUAUUGAUACUAAAAAAGUAAAUAAUGUAAUUAGAUAACUAAUUUUUGCCAUGUGUAUUUGAAUUCGAUCCCUUUUGUUUCCAGCUUUCGUCAUCUGCAAAAAUUGUAAUUUGUAAAUUAAACCAUGUAUUUUGUUGAUAAAAUGUCAAGCUAAAAAUCUUUUAAACCUAGCAAGUUUGAACCUUUUUUUUUGAAAAAGUUCUAACUUAAUACAAAAUACAGCAUCUUGCGAAAGUGCCAUGAUUAUCCUUGUGGCAUUUUCGGAGAUUUCCCAAAAAUUUCAUAGCCGGCAAUUUAGGAAAUUUCGGAUUGUUGCGCACGUUAGAAGUGUUAGAAAUUGUAACUGUAUAAUUCCUGAAUAGAUAAUUGAUGCGCUUGUUCUCGAAAAGCAUGCAAAAGUAAAUAAAUUAUCAGUAAGGUCAGUUUUUUUGGUUUUCAAAGUAUCAUGUCGCAUUAAAAAAAACUUUUAAAUAGACAAAGUCCGUUUUUUUUAAACAAUUUCUGUUUCAUAGAUUUACCAAAAUACGACGAAAAAAGUCAACAGUUUUGUUUCCAAAUGUACAUAAAUUCAUUCGUGCGAUCAAAUGACACAUGUGCGAAACGCAAUGUGAACAGAUCGUGAAAACGGUCGACAAACAGGAGGAGGAUUCGGAUAUCUUUUAGGUCAUUGUUCACACCUCUGCUCAAUCCCCCUCGAAAUCUACCAAUCUACUUCAUUUUCUUCGUGUUCUGACAUAUGGUCGUUUCUUUGACCAUCAAGAGAUUGCUGUCUUCGACUGUGGAUGGCUCAGCACAUCUUUGUGUCUACGACGCAAAUCACAACGGAGACGAUCUAACAGUCACAAUCUCAUGUCCUCUGGCUUCUGGUUGUUGUGAGAAAGGUUGCUGUAAACUUCCAGUCAGCUUUAUCACAAAUAGUCACAUGAAUACUUCAUCAUUGUCCGAGGAACCAAUAUCAAACACCAGCCAAUUCAAUGAGACUAUCUUGUUAAUCACAUUGACUCUUAUGAUAUUUUUCUUUGGAUGCAUUUCCAUUUUGUUCAUUUUCAGAAAGAUUCAGCACAUCCGUCAUAAAGAGCACGAGCCAGAUUUUGUGUACCACGCGUACCGUCCACCACAACCAAAAAUGAUGAUUCCCCAUAAUCUGUAUGGAUCGCCUUGCUGAAUUCGAAAAGAUAUUGAAAGCUAUUGUAAUAAAAUAAAUAAAUAAUUAUUGAAUGUUCU